AUGAGAUCUAUUUUAGUAAGACUUGUUGGUGCAUCGAAAAUCUUUCAAGCUGUUUGUCGAGAUAUGAUUUAUUCUCGUUUAAAAUAUUUUGCUGUUAAUAAUGGAAAAUCUAAUAAACCAAUACGAACAUAUGUCCUAAUAUAUUUUGUUGCUGUUUCAUUUACUGCUAUUGAUAAAGAAAAUUCUUUGAAUAUUUCUUGUUUUUCAAAUAAAUUUUCAUAUCUUUUAAAGAUUUUUGUAGAAAUUAAUUGGGGUUCAUCUGUUCAAGCUAGAGCAUAUCGACGAGCACAAGAUGCAACUCAUAAAUUAGAUAAUAUUCAAAGGCAUGUGAAAAAUUUUCGACCACAAAUAUUAGUUUUAACCGGGAAUCCAAUUUAUCGUCCAACAUUAGUUGAUCUUUGUUCGUUAGUUACUUAUGGACAUAGUUUAAUGAUAAUGUGGAAAUGUGAUUUUAGUAAAACAUGGUUAAAAAAUCAUACAGUUAAAGUAUUUUAUCAAACAGUUGUUGCACUAACUGUUCGACAAGGAGUAAUAUCAUUAUUUCAAUGUGUAGAUAAAUUGCGACCAAAUGUCGUUGUUCUUGGUUUUAAAAAUGAUUGGUUAAUAAAAGCAGAGGCAGCUAUUGAUUAUUUUAAUAUAAUUCAUGAUGCAUUACAUCUUAAAUAUGGUAUUGGAAUUUUAAGAUUAAAAACUGGACUUGAUUUUAAUUCAGCUGAUGAUGAUAAUGAUGAUGAUGAUGUCGAUGAUGAUGAAGAAUCAACAAUAUUUAACUCAUUACGUGUGUCAAUAUCACAAAAUAAUAAUAAUAUUAAUAAUACAUGA